AGUGCGCACGCGCAGCAGCAGCCGGUGCGGAAGUGAGCAGAUCGCAAAGCUAUGGAGCUGGUGAAAUGGGAGGCUCGGCUUUGGCUCCUUUGUUUUUCCCUCUUUCCCAGGUUUUUGUGCUGGGAGGUCACUUUCCCCUUUCGAUCUAUGUACUGUCAGCUAUCAGACUCCUGCGACUGCGCCUUCCAGUUUAAGAUCGACAGCCUGGAACUGGAUCUUUGUCGCCAUGUGUAUGGACAGCACUUGGCCAAAGAAGUGAUCGUCAAUGCCAUUAAACAGUUUAUGGAGAACCGCGCUCCAGUGAAGCCCCUCGUAUUAUCGUUUCAUGGCUGGUCAGGAACCGGGAAAAGCUACGUCACCUCAUUGUUAAUAAGAAACUUGUACCGGGAUGGGAUGAAAAGCUAUUACGUGCACCAGUUUGUACCCACCUUGCACUUUCCUCAUGCCAGCCAGAUCAGGACAUACAAAGAGCAGUUGAAAAGUUGGAUCAGUGGUAACCUGAGUGACUGCAGCAGAUCAGUGUUCAUAUUUGAUGAAAUGGAUAAAAUGCACCCAGGCUUAAUUGAUGCAAUCAAGCCCUACUUAGGACAUUCACAUGUUAUGUAUGGAACGAAUUACCGAAAGGCGAUAUUUAUUUUUGUAAGCAAUGCCGGAGGCGAGCAGAUAAACCAGUUGGUGCUAGAUUUUUGGAGGAAUCGAAAGGAUAGGGAGGAAAUUAGAUUGGAGGAUUUGGAGUCCGAAAUAUCCAGGGCAGUUUUCAAUAACAAACACAGUGGGUUCUGGAAUUCUGACAUUAUAAAUGAAGAGCUGGUCGAUUAUUUUGUACCAUUUCUACCCAUGAAGCUCAAACAUGUCAAGGAAUGUGUGAGAAGUGAAAUGGUCUCCAGGGGCAUAAAACCUAGAGAUGAUAUAAUCGCAGAAGUGGCCAAUUCCAUGAACUUUAUCCCAGAGAAUGAGAAAUUAUUUUCUCAAACAGGCUGCAAAACUGUGUCUGCCAGAUUGGACUUUUCCUUGUAACUUUGAGGGAAUCCUAUUUAAAUGUUUAUGUCAGAAAGUACAGUUGUAUAUCAGUGAGAACCAUUGUCUCUUGGGGGAGAAUGGUGAAGAUCUGAAUACUGGUGCUAGCUUAAGUAAUUUGAUGAUAUACAAUUAGCUUUUGAAAUAAUGUCCUGUUUUAGGGACAAAAUUAUUGGGCCAGAAGGAGGAAAUAAUUUAACUUGCUGGACCUUUUUUUUUUAAAAAAAAGCAUUUAAUAUAUCCAAAUGUUUAAUUGUUUUGGGAAAGAAUUGAAAAUCAGAAUAUUCCCGACCCAAAAGGUUGAAUGCAGGGCCUAACCCUACCAGUUAUCAAAUCUCACAGAGGGACAGAGCACUUGAUUUCCUGUCCCAGUGGAUGGGAUCAGUGAGAGGAGAGUUGUUUGAUUUGGCAUGGCAAAAUUGGGAAUUUCGCAGCCAAUCAUUGACAUUGACCAUGCAAAGAUCUACUGCCUGCAAAGAGACGAUUUUUGAAAUACCGUAAAGUCCACAGGCCUAAGAGAUAAAAUGGUUGGGCACUUGGUGCAAUGUGUAAAUUUCUCUAUUAUAAGGCCUGAUAUUUCAAAGUUUGCACACACACACACACACACACACACACAAACUGUGUGAGAGUGGGUUCUGAAUAGGAGAGAUUUCUAUGCUGUAAAGUUGUUAAAUAAAGAAAAGUGAAUACUGGCAGUGGUUACUGGCGAUGUUCCCCCUAAGCUGGCCGACAAUGUGAAAGUUUGCACGGUUGGCUCAAAAAUCAGCUCCUUUAAGUUUCCGCACGUAUACAGCUGCGUUUUAAAAUUAAACGCAAAAGGUCUGCACAUUUAAUCAAAUCAGUUACGCACUCCCAAAAGAAAAGAGGUUCUGUUGUUUUAGGGCAGUAAGGUUUGUAAUCACCCAAGUGGAUUCUAACUGCCAUCUAAACCUUUGAGGCGAAGUUACUACCUGGAAAUCGUUUUUCUUGUUUUAGACUGACAAAGGCAGUAAUAUUUUAUUUCCUUUGACCAAUGUUGGGUUUUGUGGCAGAGAUUUGUCAAGGUGCAAUGCACAAUGACCUCUGCUGUUAAGUGAUAGGAUGUAUAUUAAAUAGCAACAACUUGUAUCUUGUGUGGCACUUUUUAUACAGCAAGACUUCUUAGAUGCUUCACAAGAGGGAUUGGAUGCUGGGCAGGAAUUAGGGAAGCCACAGGUGAACUAGAUUUUGAGGCUAUUGAAGAUAGGAAGAGAUGCAGCAAGGAGUUGAGUGAGCUAAUCCACAAUGCAUCCCUACCAUUUCAGGGCACUUGGCAAUGAGUUGCCUCUUGGAUAUUAUUUUUUCCCCCACCAAGAGGCUUGCCAAGAUAGGAAAUUGCAGCAAUACAAAAGCAAAACACUCCAGAUGACAAAAAAUCUGAAAUAAAAGGAGAAAAUGCUGGAAAUAGUCAGCAGGAAUGGCAGCAUCGUGGAGAGAGAAACGGAGUUAACAUUUCAUGUCAAUGACCUUAAUUUGGUUUCUCUCCAGUGAUGCUGACUGACAUGCUGAGUAAGUCUAGUAUUUUCUCUUCUUAUUUGGGAAAUUGCAGCUACAUCUUUGUACGUACCUGCCCAAUCUGUGGCAGGAAUCCCUGUAGCGUUUUGAUGUAAAUGAGCCUUAACACAAAUACUCUGUUGUUUUCAGCACCAAAAAAAUCCUAGGUGUAAGUUCUUAAUGAGUUGGAUUUUUCCACUCCCGGACAGCUACAAACCCAUCUUGUCACCCAGUAUUGGAACUCUGCAGACCAGAUUGAUGUUGCAAAUUAUUUCAAAGCCAGCAGAGAGCUGCUAAAUAUUUGCAGAAAACUUAGUCUCCUUAUUACAACUGUUGUUCCUUAAACCCUCAUCCCAAUGCAAUGCCAUACUCAUCCCAUUCCAUCCCUUCUUCCUAUGCCGUCCCCCAUUCCAUCCCUCCCGUCCCCAGCUCCAAAGCUUUUGAUGUAUUUAUCUGCUGGUGAAACUACAGUCACCGUAAUCUUUUGCUUUUGGAUCCCCCUGAUGCGCUGCAGCUGAUGUGAAAUUCUUCAUCUGUUGCUCUUUUGGCUUCUUGAUGAAGUGAAUCUGUUGCCUUUCACCAUACAGAGCAGGCGGGAUUGAACAGCCUCUUUUCCAAUCCGAGCCUGUCUGGCUGACCGUCCUUUAAGUGGUGAAGGAAGCACUCGUGUUCUUUGAUUGGAGGGAGGGGGGUCGUGUAACAAUCACACAGCAAACAUUUCAAAGCUUGAACUCAAGGAUGGCAUUUUAGAAUCUUCCAAAAUUCAAAUUUGGAUUUCUGCUUUUUCUGUAAAUUGAUUUUUUUUUUAGUGACACAGAUCCAUGCAAACUUGAACAGUUUAUCCCAAAGUAUAUCGUCUGUUUACUGACUUCUAAGACUUUAAAAAAAAAUACUUUAACGUUUUAUUUUGACCGUGGAUCCAUAUGAACAGGAGAAAUCAGCAACAACUAUUACCAUAAGUAUUUUCUGUCUUUAUAAUAUCAAUUUUGAAACAUUAACAAGUGAUUUGUGAAUUGUAAAUGUUUUUAUAAAGCUACAGCAUGUUCAAA